AUGAUCCGACCGUCCUUGAGAAGAACGCCUGAGAACGCGUCUGUCAAGGACGCCGCGGGGUUGCCAUGGGGUUGUGCGCUCAUCCCGCUCGCUCCGGCGUCGGGUAACGUGCCUCGUCCGAGUGCCGUGGACGAGAUUCUAGCAGAGGAGAUCCCUCGCUGCCAGCAGUGCUUCGGCUACAUCAACGCAUACUGCAUGUUCGAGAAGAAGGCAUGGAUCUGCAGCCUGUGCGGGAACAAGAACGACCUGUCCUCCAGGUAUGCCACCAGCGCCGUCAGGGCAAGCCUGCAGGAGCUGCAGCGCGGCAUAGUGGACGUUGUGGAGGAGUGUGUGGAGGUUGAUGUGGGCGACAUCUUCUCCAAGGACCUGAAGCCGCAGGAGCGACCAGCUGUCGUUGCCGUCGUGGACGUUUCUGGCUCUGAGGACUUCGUGGAGGUGGUCAAGUCAGGGAUCCUGGCGCUACUGGAAGCACUGCCCCCCUACGUGCUGUUCGGGCUGAUAACCGUCUCCGACUCUAUCGGCGUCUAUGACAUGCGGAGCUCGUUCCCCCACUGCUUUCAGAUCCCAGUGCCUGAAGAUGGCGAGCUGGACGUUGCCAUCGCCGACAUCCUCCCUGCCGACUGCUUCCUCGUCCAGCUGGGAUCCAGCAAGCCCACCAUCUCAGCGGCUGUGGAGAGCAUCUCAGCGGCUGGCAGCAGCGAGCAGGGCGCGGCGCCACGUCGGUUUGCGCUGGGGUCUUGUCUGGACACGCUGCUGGAGAUGUUCGAAGAGGACGCGCAGUUCAGCCUCCGCAUCAUCAGCGUCAUCGGGAGCAGACCCAAUUUCGGGCUGGGGGCGCUAGAGGAGCAGGCACAGACUGCGUCCUUCUUGAGCCAGGGCAUCGCAAAGAACCUCCCCAAGGGCUCAGAGUUCUAUAGCAGCCUGGUGGACCGGGUGACGUCGAUCUCAGCAGUCGUCGACCUGUUCGUCAUCGCCGAGGAAGGGUAUGUUGGGGUGGACGCGAUGAUUCCGAUGGUGGAGUGUGCCGGAGGAACGAUGGUAUACUACCCCGGCAUCGAUACCUCCGCCCUUCCUCAGGAUCUGUACCGCACCUACUCCCGCCCGUUCGCCUCCAACGCGAUCCUACGACUGAGAUGCUCGUCCGGGUUUCAGGUGGCGCGAGCUUACGGGCAUCUGAGUGCGGACAAGCAGUACGACAAUCUCUACCAUGUUGCUUCCUGCCACAGUGAAAGUUGUUUCGCUGUUGACUUCGAGUUCGACAACCCUUCAGGCGUCACAUCAAAUCUUGACGUGCAACCGACCCUCCAGCUCGCCUUCUCCUACUCCUGCAUCGUGCCUGACCCCGAAGCGAAUUCCUUUCAAGUGCAGCGACGACUGAGGAUAGAAACUUCUCGCGUCGAUAUUGGAAGACAGGCUCUUGACAUCUACGCGCACGCGGACUCUGAAGUUGUCGCUUCCCUCCUAUGCCACAAGAUCAUCGUUGCACAGGCGACAGAAGGAACAGGAGAAGCUCGCAUGCUGCUGCAGGACUGGUUGGUGAUCCUGACGGCGAGGUACAACGAGAACAUGUUGCGAAGGAGGGAAGCCGGUCUAGACCUACAGUUCUCAAGGUUUCCCAACUUGGCUUCUCUCACGAAAGUGGUCUAUGGAAUGUUGCGCGGCAAGCUGCUCGACCCCGUCGUGGUGUCUCGUGAUGAACGCUCAUUCAUCUGCUACCUCUGCUCCAGCCUCACCCCUGAGGCCUUGACCUACACCAUUUACCCGAAGCUUAUCUCCUUCAAAGAUCCCAACAGCUCUCAGCCAAGUGGAGGACCUCUCUUCCUGCUCAACUCUACUCUUGACAAUGCGACCGAUGGGAUCUUUUUGCUGGACAGCUACACGGACCUUUGCGUCUACUGCACCGCUCAGGGGCUCGAGACCUUUCCUUAUCCUCCUCCUCCGGACUGCGGACUGCGCACCUACAUCCAAUACAUCAAGGAGAACAGAGCCAUCUGUCCGCACGUGUACUAUACGAAAGCCAAGGAUGGGACGGAGCAAGACUUUAUCAGCCGCCUCAUCGAAGAGCCUUCGCACAGGACGGCGGAGAGCGGAGCGACGGAGUGGGUCGGAGCUGCGGCCAAGGGAUACAACGUCUUCCUCGAGGUGUUGGGCACGGAAGUGAAGGAAUUCCUCGAGUAA